AAAUCUAGCCAAGUUGGAAGAAAAGUCAAAAUUUGUAGUUUAGUUGCAACAUGUGCCCACAUUUAUCAAUAGAUUAUUAUACCAGUGGGAUAAACUGUAUCCGGCUGACUAUGAAGAAAAUUCUAACGAUACCACAAAUGAUUCAAACAAACAUAACAUCAUGGUCUUUCAAGUUUACAGAGAGAAGAGGCAAGUCAGGAAGGAGUCUACCCAAAAUUUUGAAAUUAGACUUCUAACGACUCAUUAUUUUAAACCCUAAAUAUGGCUAGAGAUGGAUCAAUACGUUCGAUGGGAGGAUAAUAUAGACAGACCAGGUGUUGGGUUUUUCAAGUAUUGUAUUUUAGAUGCCUUUUGAGGUAUAGAAAAUAAAAUUUACUGGGUUUGAAGAGCUUAUAUUUGUCAAAAAGGAUAUGUUUAGAUGAGACAGAUCUAAAUUGUUACUCUCAUUUACAAGGGUGCUAAAAUAUACUUCUUUAUAGUUCUGUUUUGCAUACUAAUUUAAAUAGAUGUAAUGCCCGAAAUAAGAGAUUGAAGAAGUGAGCGAGAUGUAGAUAGGAAGUAUAGGAGUUUGAUGUUAGUGGGGAAUGUUUUAUUACGUUUUGUUAGUGUAAGACUAGAAACAGGAAUUAACAAGAUGAAUACCCUAAUGGUGAAUAUUAUUUAAACUGCUUCAACCUUU